GCAGCGGUGGGCGGGGUAAACGAUCCGCCUCACACGGCGACGAGUGGUCGGAACCUUCUUCCUUCUCCUUCCCCUUCCCCUUCCCCUCCCAAGAAAGGCUGGGACCCGGCACCGGGGCUAUCCCGUGGCCGCUGCGGCCUCAGCUCCAGCCGGGCGGGGGUACGGAGAGGCCAGACCGCUUCCAGGGCGAGUGCUCCUGAUUGUGACAUCACAUCCAUCCCCUUGGCGAUGGAGCUUGUCACUAGGAAGGAAGACUCAGUCGGAGAAUAGCCAACAAGAUGGGUUACUGGGAGCGUCUCCUGAGUGGCACUGAGUGGAGGCAUCAGGGGGUUGGAGCCUUGUGAACAGGGAACCUGCCCCCCAACACUUGGAAGGAGUGUCUAAGCACAAGGUGACUGACUAUUGGCUGCCCUGGAGAGGAUUCCUGCCCUGGGAACUUAAAUCAAAUGGUCUCUUAUGGUCCAUUCUAACUCUAAAGGACCUGGGUUUCAGUGAUGAGACAUGGGGUAUGAUGUAACCCGUUUCCAGGGGGAUGUUGACGAAGACCUUAUCUGUCCUAUUUGCAGUGGAGUCUUGGAGGAGCCAGUCCAGGCACCUCAUUGCGAGCAUGCUUUCUGCAACGCCUGCAUCACCCAGUGGUUCUCUCAGCAGCAGACGUGUCCGGUGGACCGUAGUGUUGUGACGGUUGCACACCUGCGCCCAGUACCUCGGAUCAUGCGGAACAUGUUGUCAAAGCUGCAGAUUGCCUGCGAUAACGCUGUGUUUGGCUGCAGUGCUGUUGUCCGGCUUGACAACCUCAUGUCUCACCUCAGCGACUGUGAGCACAACCCAAAACGGCCUGUGACCUGUGAACAGGGCUGCGGGCUGGAGAUGCCCAAAGAUGAGCUGCCAAACCACAACUGCAUCAAGCACCUGCGCUCAGUGGUACAGCAGCAGCAGACACGCAUCGCAGAGCUAGAGAAGACAUCAGCUGAACACAAGCACCAGCUGGCAGAGCAGAAGCGAGACAUCCAGCUGCUAAAGGCAUACAUGCGUGCGAUCCGCAGUGUCAACCCCAACCUUCAGAACCUGGAGGAGACAAUUGAAUACAACGAGAUCCUAGAGUGGGUGAACUCCCUGCAGCCAGCAAGAGUGACCCGCUGGGGAGGGAUGAUCUCGACCCCAGAUGCUGUACUCCAGGCGGUAAUCAAGCGCUCCCUGGUGGAGAGUGGCUGUCCUGCCUCUAUCGUCAACGAGCUGAUUGAAAAUGCCCAUGAGCGUAGCUGGCCCCAAGGUUUGGCCACACUAGAGACAAGACAGAUGAACCGGCGCUACUAUGAGAACUACGUGGCCAAGCGCAUCCCUGGCAAGCAGGCUGUUGUUGUGAUGGCCUGUGAGAACCAGCAUAUGGGCGAUGACAUGGUCCAGGAGCCGGGGCUUGUCAUGAUAUUUGCGCACGGUGUGGAAGAGAUUUAAGAGAUCUCGACGGUCUAUCAGGAAGAGGUGGAAAUCAGAAAAUCCCAUCACUGCAGCAGCUGGGCCCUGAGUCCUCCCCACUCUCCUUAAUACCAUGGCUUACACUGGGGCCACACAUCUCCCUGCUCUUCUGGCACAGAAGGGCCCCAGGGCACCUUGCUCAGCCUUUCAGGUGGGAAACCCAGAUUCCCUCCUUUUGCCUAAUUUCUUCCCUUAAGAUGUGUGUAAAUGUUCAGGCUGGUUGGGAAAGUCCCCCUUCUAUAUCUGUUUUCCUGCCUAGAGUCCCUGGUUCCAGAUAUUUUCAGAAAGCACAAAGAUACUCAUUUUCUCUAGAGGAUCAGGGUGGAGUGAGGAAUCUCUCAACUUUCCCCUCCUUCCAAACCAGGGAAUCCGAGCAGGCAGGCCUGUUGACUCUCGACAGCAGUGAGAGGGCAGCCCUGGGGAGCAGACAUCCUGAAGAAAUGGUAAGGGUGGAACCCAAACCCUAGAAAUAAAUGAGGCCAGGAACUGGCCAUCACUGAUGGCCUUUAGGGGAGGACUGGACCUCUGUGCCAAGCAAUACCCUGUUCAGCCCACCUUAAAGGUGUGCAGGUCUGCAGGUUGGGACGUUGAAAAUUUCCAGAUGAGCUCUUCUUUCCUACGCUUUCUCAUAAUUAGGGAAUGACAGGGUUGGGGGUAGGGGGGUUAGUCUUGGGGUGAGUAUGCUCAGCAGGAAGCAGCUCUGGCUUUUGCUGAAAUUGGGUAGGCACUGCCUCUUGUGGCACAGGCCAUAAUAGUUCCAUAGACCCCCCGCCCGCCCUGUGAUUGUAACUAGUUAUUUUGAUAAUUUCCUUUGGCCGUUGUUGUUUGUUACAUUUCCCUCCCUUCCUCCCUCCCACUUUUUUUUUUUUUAAGAAUGGCCCGGUUAUAGCUGCCCCACUUUUCCAGCCCAGCCACACUGUUGGCAAUUUAAUUUAUUUACUUUUUUUUAAGAAAGGAAAAAGAAAAAAAAAAUUAACAAAACUUAAAGCUUUUCUUUUGCUGUUCCUAUUGUGGGGAUUCUGGAUAGGGUGGGACAGGGAUGGGGUCUGUUUUCUAUUUUUCCUUUUCAGCACAACCUUUGGCUUUAACAUAGGCAGGGCCAAGGGAGUUCUUGGCUGAACUUAUGUCUGCCCCAACCCUGCAUAAGCCCAUCUGAGAGGAGAAGCUUCCUCUGUUCCAGCAGUGGAUAUGACAGUCCAGCAUCAAUGCCUGUGUCCUUUGGACAACUUUGCUCCUAGCCCUUCCAGGGUCUCAUCGUAAAACUCUGUAUUUCACGUAUUAAUUUUGAAGACAUUUCUACCCCCUCCCCCAGUUUCCUUGGAUAUAUAUAGCCGGUUUUAAGCUUUCCCAGGCAAGAUCGGAUACAGGCUGUGCUCUGUCUCACUCAUGCCCCCUAAGGGCUUCAGCUCCAUUUCAGGGUACCCAGGGCAUUCCCUGAUCCCUUGGGUGACUGGCAGAGUAAGAGAAGGGGAAGGAUAGUGGGUGUGAUUAUUUUAAUAUGCAGGUGGGAGUGGGGUUAAAGAGAGAUGGCCAUAUAACAGCUUCUUUUUGGAGUUUUCUUCCAGGCCAGCUUGCUGUAGGUCUGUGUAGCUGGGUCACGGCUCCACUGGGAUUGGGGUGGAGGGAUACAGCUUGAAGGGAGUAGGGAACAGUCAUUUGUUCCAGCUCCAGGACACUGUGCUCAGGAAUUUGAAAACGCUGCUAUACUUAGUGUGGUUACUGCAUUUCUUCCACUCCCCUCUGCCCCUGCCUGCCUUACCAGGGCCCAUACCCUCCUGUCGUCACCCUCACUUGGAGCCAGGAAGCUGUUAAGCUUCCCUACCCUUUGCACUAGUGUCUCUGCGGGUUGCGGGUUGUGUUAUAUGUGCUGUUCCGUGGUGUUGACUGCACUAAUAAACCUUUUACUCAACUCUAAAUUCUUAAUUCAGCAUCACUCCCCUUCUUGUGAAGGCUUCUCCUCUGCUUUGGCCUUUCUCUCACCUUAAUUUCCCUUACUUCUGACUUUGUAACCUACCCUGAUCUUAGAACUAACCUCUGUUUUAGGAGGAUGUCUGUCUGGUAGUCGUGUGCACCUGUGCGCCCUCCUCUAACCUUCCCUCUCAUCCCCUGUUCUGUAACAGCCAACACUUUGUCUCCAGUGACCUGAACUGUGUUCUUCCCAGGGUCUGCCUUUGCCCCCAGUUCCAUGUCUUCCCUGGGGUUUGAUGAUACUUUAUACAGAAGAUAUGCAUGCACCUUUCUCCCUUGUCCCACGAGACCUUUGCUGUGGAAUCUGGAAUUCCAUUGUAGCCAGGGACACCUCCACGCCAACCCCACCCCCACCCCCUGGUGUCCCCUAACCAAGAAAGUAAACAUGAGAAAGGGAACCUGGGACGGCUGUACCUGUGAUGGUUGUCAAACCUUGAGAACCCCUUUUGGAGGCAUUUGCUGCCAUCUUCUCCCUGUCUUGCAAAAAAGAAAAUCAUCUUUUCCCCCAGUACUGUAGUUUAAAUUUGUUGAGCAUUUUCCAUGCACCUGAUGUAAAUCUAAUAGUAUCGUAGAUACUCUAAUGGGAUUAAAAAGGGGGGAGGCAUUGGGCAUUCCUGUGCCCACCAAGUCUACUGCACUUACACACGAGUCUGAUUAUACAAUGCUGACGACACAUCGCCAUGCACAGCACACAAGGCACUAGUCACUCUAGUGAUACCACCCGUGCACUUUCCCUGAAGCUCCUUCAGAAUUACUUUCAGAACUGCUGCUCAUUCUUUUGAAUGUCAUUAAUGGUGCCAAAUCUUCCUUUUAGGUUAGACUUGGUUUUUGGAAACAAUAUUCAUUAAGUUUCUAUUCUGCAAGGAACUCACUGGAGGGGUCAGGGGGUUCAUAAAGCAAAAUGGCACCUACCUUCAAGAACUUACUCCCUAAUGGAGAUGAGUACAUAUAUGAGAGAGAUGAUUGGUGUGGUAAGUGGGUCUACAAGCAAAAUGUGAGCCACUGAUUCUGAUGGGUACCAGGAAAGACUUUUUCAGAAGUGGUGUUUGUUCUAGAUCAGAGGUUGACAAACACAGUUUGCAUCCUGCUGCCUGCUUUUGUAACAAAGUUUACUGGAACACAGCCAUGCCCAUUUGUUUGUGUAUUGUCUACGCCGUUUUAGAUUACAACAGCAGAGCUGAGUAGUUGCCCCAGAACUAUGGCCCACAAAGCCUAAAAUACUUGCUGUUUGGUCCUUCACAGUAAGUUCGCCAACCCUAGACCUUUACAGUUCAGGAGAAUGGGCAGGGAAGUGUACAAAGGGUUGGUGGUUUUAAUUUUUUACCUCAGUAUAUACAUUUGCAAAAUCACAACGUUUUUCUACAUUGCCACAAUAAAUGCUUAAAAUUAA